AUGUCUGAUACACAGAAGACUGCUGCAAAGGGAGAUGUUGGAGGAGCACCAGAGAAGAUGGAAGUGGAAGAGGCAUUGGACGAAGAGAUUCUCCGCAUGGCUCCCGAAGACUUGAAAAGCCGGACGCAUCUGCUAGAUAAUGAAAUUCGUAUUAUGAGAAGUGAAGUGCAACGAAUCAAUCAUUCAGUUUCGAUGUUGAAAGAACGUAUAAAGGACAACAAUGAGAGAAUCAAAGUUAACAAAACGCUUCCAUAUCUUGUUUCAAACGUUGUGGAGCUUUUAGACUUGGAGGACAAUCAAGAGGAAGAAGGCGCAAAUGUUGACUUGGAUGCGCACAAGACAAAAUGUGCCGUCAUAAAAACAUCAACAAGAGCCACAUAUUUCCUCCCUGUCGUUGGACUAGUCGAACCAUCUGAAUUGAAGCCUGGAGAUCUCGUAGGAGUCAAUAAAGAUUCAUACCUUAUUUUGGAGAAACUUCCAGCUGAAUAUGACUCUCGUGUGAAGGCAAUGGAGGUCAGUUGCGAUUUCUUCCGUUGGAAAGUGCUUGUACAUACAAUAUAUCCUCUGCGAUCAACAAGUACUGGUAAAACCAUGAUGGCCCGCGCUGUCGCAGCUCAAACGAAGUCAACGUUCCUAAAACUUGCGGGGCCGCAGCUGGUGCAGAUGUUCAUUGGAGAUGGAGCGAAGCUAGUACGUGACGCGUUUGCACUAGCCAAAGAGAAAGCCCCGGCAAUUAUUUUCAUCGACGAAUUGGACGCAAUUGGCACAAAACGUUUUGAUUCCGAGAAAGCUGGAGAUCGAGAAGUGCAGCGCACCAUGUUGGAGUUGCUAAAUCAGCUUGAUGGAUUCCAGCCCAAUGAUGAAAUCAAGGUUAUUGCUGCCACGAACAGAAUUGAUGUCCUUGAUCCCGCCCUGCUGCGAUCAGGCCGUCUUGAUAGAAAAAUUGAGUUGCCACAUCCGAAUGAGGACGCUCGAGCACGUAUUAUGCAAAUUCAUUCAAGGAAGAUGAAUGUGAAGUGGGUUUUACAUUUUGAGUCUCUGACGCUUUUUAGAUAUUUU